AUGUCUUCCAGAUUCAAUCCUAGAAUGCCAAAGUCUUUCCGCUAUGAUGUAUGUGAUGAUCGUUUAACUUCGCGUCAGUAUGAAUAUGGUAGUAAUGCAUGUGAAGAUACUUACCAACCUCGAAAUGAACACACAAGAAAGCAUAAAAGCACUCCCACCAUUCCAAGGAACAUGGAGUUCAUAUAUCAAAGUAUUCAGGUCAUAAGACCAAGAGAACGGAUGAUUGGUCUCCAGAGAACUCUCCAAAUGAUGUACAUAAAAGGAAGAGAAAGCACAAAAAGCAUUCUCGCAGUCAUAGUAGCAAUAAGCGGGUUCAUUCGUUGA